UCUCGAAACAUCAAAAUCUCACCCGCAAAAGCACCGAAAUUUCCACAAAUGUCUCAGGUGGUCAUGAGCAGCCGAGAUGUCAUUCUCCCUUGUGAGACUGACAAAUUGACAACCUAUUGAUGUUUUUUACGUCACUUUGCGUGAAUUGUUUGGGGUGUCUGCAGUGAUAUUUUAUGAUUUUAUUGAAUAAUUUGACUUGGCUACGUAUAACGGACUUAAGAUUUGAUUCCAACUGUGACGAUCUUUGGCAUAAACGGACUACGGACUCGAUAUUUCUCACACGAUGGAUGAAUUCUUGGCGAAUUUUAUCCCGGAGCUUGUCGAGGCAGCUGAAGCUGCUGUGGCGGCCCCUCGCCGGCGAGCUGCAUGGCGAGUAGAUCCUAUGGACGUUGGAGAUGCGGACUUUAAAAAGUCAUAUCGACUUUCGAAGGCAUUAGCGACUGACCUCAUAAACGCUUUGGAUCCGCUUGUAGCCACACAUUCCAUCGACAUCAAAACUAAGGUGCUGUGUUCCCUGAACUUUUUUGCAACUGGUUGUUACCAAACUCCCAUAGCCAAAAGUAACUCUAUAAACCUGUCACAGCCAACGGUAUCCAGGUGCAUUGGAGAGGUGGUAGAUGCAUUAAACCAUCCAUAUAUUUUCAAUAGAUGGAUCCAUAUGCCAGAGUCAAUACAACAAAUAAAUGAAACUGUGACAGGAUUUUAUAGAGAGUUUGGUGUUCCUGGUGUCAUUGGUGCAAUAGAUUGCACACAUGUUGCUAUUGUGCCACCCGCAGCCACACAAUAUGAUGAGAGGAGUUAUGUCAACAGAAAGUUGUAUCACUCCAUAAACACACAGCUGAUUUGCGACCACAACCUAAAAAUUUUAAAUAUUAAUGCCCUGUUUCCGGGGGCAACCCAUGACUCCUAUAUUUGGAACACUUCAAAUGCCAAAACAUUCAUGGAACACCUGCAUAAUUAAAACCAUACCAACUAUCAUUUGAUAGGUGAUAGUGGAUAUGCGCUUAGACCGUGGAUGAUGACACCAAUAGCCAACCCUGAAGAGGACACUGCUGAGUCCCGCUACAACGAGGCAUUUACCACGGCAAGGUGCACCAUAGAACGGUGUAAUGGUGUCCUUAAAGCAAGAUUUAGGUGUCUGCUAAAAGACCGUGUUUUGCACUACGUGCCAAAUAAGGCAACCAAAAUUAUUAAUGCCUGUGCCGUGCUGCAUAAUAUGUGCAUAGCCCGAAAUGAUAUUAACCAGGCGCUUUUAGCAAAUCUCAACAAUGAUGAGCUUGGGAUCAUAGACGGGCUGCCGAUGCCGCCACCACCAGCAGGAGCAGAAAGAGAGCAAAGGCAAAGAAAUUUGCUGCUUUUAAGAGGAAGGGAAAAUCAGAACAGAAUCAUAAAUAAUUACUUUUAAUGAUUCUGUACUGUUUUUUAGUUGUUAUUGUUUUCAUUGUUUGUUAGAAUCAUGAAUACUUAUGUAUAAUUUAAUGCCUAACUAACCUAAUUUCAAAUAAUCAAUCAUAAUAGUACCUACCUAUUAUGCUCACGAUUGUAAUCCCUGAAGAGGUAGUCAGAGGCGGCCGUUAUUUGCUUAUGUAUGUAAAUGAUGUCCAUUGCUUUAAGAAAUUAUAUUGAUAAAACAAGUCAUGAA